AUGCUGUUAUUGCCCAUGAGGGAAAGUUCACAAAGACCAUUAGAUGACGUAGAAAAAGGAGAAAGAUUAAAGUGCAUAUUUGAGGUACUAAACAAGGACAAGAAGAGAUAUGAGAGGAUAAAAAAUACAAGAACUCUUUCAGAAGCAGAACAAAAAGAGUACGAUGACGUAUGCACACGGCUCAACUCAUUUUACGAAAAAUGCCAAGCAUUUAUCAAGCCACGAAAAAACGGGCCAGGUAGAUUUAUGGUACAGGCAUAUGUGAAUUGGUGUGCAAGCCAAAACAUUAUUGCCAAGCAAGGUAAAUCACAUCAUGAUCCGCCAAUUGAGACAAUUGAUAAUUCGGCUCAUUCAGCAGAGGUAUAUGAAAGGACAGUUUCUUCAGAACAAGCUAUAUUCAGAAGCCAGUCUUUUGCUCAAAACAUUCCACAUGCUCAGCGAAGUGUCGAAUAUGAAGCUUCCAAAAUUCAGCAAGAUGUAGAAUACGAACCAAAUGUAUAUAAAAACAUGGGCUUUGCACAAGUGGCCCCACAGGAAUACGAUCCUAACAACGAUAUGACAAAAACAGGAAAGAGUGUAUACAAAGUUGAUAAACCCUCAGCCAACAAGCACUUAUCGUCCUAUCCAGAUGCUAGAGAUAGAGAAGGAGUAGACUAUAGAUUAGCUCAAACGAUGAGGAACUCGUUGUCUCAAGGACCCAUCCCAGAGUUUGAUCCUAAAAAGUCGAGUUUGUAUAAUAUUUCCGCUGAUGAAUUGUCUGGAAGGGCAGUGAUAAAUAAUCAACCAAAUAGUGUAAACAAUGUCCAGCCCCAUUAUUCUGGCAAUGUCAGGCAAGUAUACUCAAGUGCCAACCAGCCUGGACAUCAAAAUUUUGUUCAACUUGGAACUUUUGUAGACUAUAAUACAUCACGAAGUUUUCAAAAUAAAUUUCAGCCAUUAACGUUUCCAGCUGACCAUGUUGUAAAAAACCCAAUCUAUCAAAAUGAUAAUCCUCAAGGAUUAUAUGGCCUGGAAGAGGAUGCUAGCUAUAACGGGGCAAUGCGAUGUAAAAAAGAACGAUUCUCCCAGAAAAGCGGUCAUCCGCAAAUGUCAAAUGCAUACCUUUCCGAAAAAUUUUACGUUAGAGCACAAAUGAAAACGAGUCAAAGACAGCCUGACGAUCUAAAUACCAGUCAUAGAAAUUUUCAAGAGUCACAUGGCCAGAACUUAGGCAGUAAUCAAGGGUUUCAGACUAUGGGCAUUCCUCAAAGAAGUACAGUAAUUGCUAGUCAGGGGAAAACGUAUCAAGGCAAUAGUGCCUUCGUAAAUUCUGCUUCUCAACAUAUGAAACAUUCUCAGCCGGGUAAGGUUUAUGAUGCUGUACACCAAAAAACAUCCCCCAGGAUGGUUGGUAGUUUGCUUAAUGUGAAUGGUUCUAUUAACAGGCAUGUCGUGGAUAUGCCUAAUAAUAUUGGUAUGGCUGGUUCUAGCAUGGAUCAUUUUGAUUGUAGCACUGGAUUUGCAUACAAAACUAGACCAGAUAGAUCAUUGCUGGAUGUGGAUCAAGCAAAAGAGCUUGAAAGUAUACUUUCAGAUAGAUCAGUGAACUAUAUCCAUUCAAGGUCUGAGCCAACUCUACCUGCUAAUUCCGGACCUAUUCAAAAUAGAAACAUAGGAUCAUCGCUAUACUUUACUGCCCAGAAAGCAUCUAAUAAAGCAACAAAGCAAGACUCAAGAGGUGAUAUAGUAUCAGAACCAUUGCUUGUAAAAACUGGUUGUUUGGAUGAAAGAUUAUGGCCCACAGACUGUAUUCGUAAAGUAAAACCAACAGUAGCUAUUCCUGCAAGGAGGAAGCAAACUGUCAAUAUGCCUAUUCCGUUGAGCCCUAAAACAGAUAAUACUUUCUCAUUUGAGUUUGUGUGUGAUGUUCGACAACAGCCACCUGUAGCAGAAUAUAGAGAUAUUCCAGUAAAGUACAGCCCAAGAAAAUAUACUAAGCAAUCUCACAUCCGGCCAGAAUGUGUUUUUUCAGGUAUAGAGUACGACCGAAUUGCAUUUCCAGUUAAUAAAAGUAUUGAACACAAUGUAAAAAAUGUUUUAGUUGGCGGUUUAAUGGAUUCAAAGUCAAAGAGUGAGAAGGAAAAGGUUUGUGAAACUAUAUCAAGCACAUACAGAAUGGUUAAGAAUUUUAGAACAUCAAUACUCAUAAAUCCAAAGCUGGCUAAUAUUUGUAGAAAAAGCUUUGUGAAAUUUUGUGAAGAGUUGAGCAUUUCAGACGAGAUUUCAAAAGAAGUCGCCAUUCCAAUCCUGAUUCAUCUUGAUUGCAUACUACACAAAACACUUUUCAUUUCGGGAAUGAUUGCACAGUCAAGGCCCAAUCAAAAAAUGCGAAUAAAAGACGUGGAGUUGGCAUUUGAAAGAGCAACAAUUCCAAAGCUUGUCAAUACAAAUAAUGAUGGGGAAUUGUUUAAAUGGGCGCUUGAUGAGGUUAGGAAAUAUAAGACUAAUUAA